UUUGGGCCAAAAUCUAGUAUGGACGUUGAUGACUGCAAUGGCCAGUCUUACAUGUCAGUUAGUGGAGACUCCUCAACCGAAAGAGAGUUUUCAGGGGGCCUCGGUGGUCCGACAGUAAGCACCCCAAACAGUAAGGGACCGUCACCUCACCGCUCUCUCAGUGCAAAUUCCAUUAAAGUAGAGCUGUACAGUGAUGAAGACCCUGGUCCUAGUAACGAUGAUGAGCGAGUGGAACGUGUUGAGGAAGGAGGUCUGGAUCACGGAACUGAGGCACCUGGUUAUAGGGAGCUUGCCAAUCAUGACAAUAUCAGACUGCCCAAUGGAAAGCUUAAGUGUGAUAUCUGUGGAAUGAUCUGCAUCGGACCCAAUGUUCUCAUGGUUCACAAACGCAGCCACACAGGUGAGCGGCCAUUCCAGUGUAAUCAGUGUGGUGCCUCCUUCACUCAAAAAGGAAACCUUCUACGUCAUAUCAAGCUGCACUCUGGUGAGAAGCCCUUUAAAUGUCCUUUGUGCAACUAUGCCUGCAGAAGAAGAGAUGCACUUACUGGCCAUCUUCGCACUCAUGCUGUAUCCUCUCCAACUGUUGGGAAGCCAUAUAAGUGCAGCUACUGUGGUCGCAGUUAUAAGCAACAGAGCACCUUGGAGGAGCACCUCGAACGCUGCUACAACUACUUACAGAGCGUGGAGUCAAAGCGGCCGAGUAGUGCUCAGCAUCUAGGAGAGGAGAUGAGGGAGAUGGAGUACAUACCAGACUCCCCACUUCAUGCCUCCUCAGACAAGAUGGCGUUUAUUGAUCGGCUCGCCGGCAGCGUCACCAAGCGCAAAAGAUCCAUGCCACAGAAAUUUGCAGGACAGAAGCACAUACAUCGUGGAAAUGCACCUUAUGAGCUUGAUGCUGAUUUGGAUAAAGAUGGAGACACGCAUCCUGGAGACUUGGAAGCUCUACAUGUUCCUGGAGGAGAACUUGCUGGGGUAGCUGGCAGUGGGGGAAGUGGGGGGAUGGCAGACACACUGCAGCCUCUCCAUCUCCCCACCACUCAUCCUUCAUGUUUAUCCGAACUUCGAUCCAUGCACGGUGCCACUUACGCGUCGGGCGCGCUUAGCCUGAGGCUAGACUGCCCGGUAGCGAGUCACGGGGCCGUAGGAGUGGGGAGAAGGGAGGUGGCGGAGGGCCAUGAAGAUUUGCCCGUGGGUAGAAGUCAAGCAACCUCCCCCAGCAACGGUUGCCAGGACUCUACGGACACAGAAAGCAUGCCUGAUGAGCCUUGCAACAGCACAGCUCUUGGUCCGACCCUGCACAAGAACAAUGGGCAUCAUCUCCACAAUGCGGGUCCUCCUCCGCACUAUAAGAUUUGGGACACACAUAGCCCUGGCAACACCAAAGACAGGGAGGUGAAAAGAGAGGAUGGAGGUCACCACGCGCCCCCUCCAUCUGGCCCUGCCCCGACGCCCAGUUCACCUACGGCCCCCUCGUCCACCUCGAGGGAGACUCUGCGAGUGGUGGACGGCGAGGGGCGAACAGUGCGCCACUUCCGCUGCGACCACUGCCGCGUGCUCUUUUUGGACCACGUCAUGUUUACCAUCCACAUGGGUUGCCACGGAUUUCGCCAGCCUUUCGAGUGUAACAUCUGUGGCCACAGGAGCCAAGACCGCUAUGAGUUUUCUUCGCACAGUGUACGCGGUGAGCACAUCCUGGAUUGA